AUAAAAAUAUUGAAAAUGGGUUGCAACUAGUUAUUUACCUGAGAGAAACUAUUUGUAAAGAUGGACUAUGGAUCGAAACAAUAUUAAAUAGAGAAUCAACAAGUUAUAAUUAUAAAUUAAAAGAAUUAUUACCACAGCUGCCAAAUGAAGCUGUAAAGUCAAGAGAUUGUGAUACCAAAUAUACACCACUUACAAAAAGCCUGUGA